AUGGCUGCGCCAGCCCCAGUGCCUGCGGCGAAUGGGCCAGCGCCAGCGGCAAGCCAGCUGCCACCGCCGCCACCGCCCCCCCAGCUCCCUACACCUCCCGCGGCAGAAGCCGGUUGGCAGGUGGUCGGGGAGAAACAGAAGGGGAAGAAGGCAGCCAAAAAGGCCAAGGAGCAGGAGCGGCAGCGUCAGUUCAGGGCGCGCAAGAUCGCGGCUAGGCUCCGCGCCCCGAAGACCGCAGCUGUAGUGAUUACACUACAGCCGGACGCGGAAAAGAAGGGCGUUACCUACCGCGAUCUGCUCGCGAAGGCGAAAGAGGCGGUGGAUCUCGGGGAGCUCGGAAUCACUGGGGGCCUCCGGCUCAAAGUCACCCAGACGGGGGCCCGUAUGCUGGAGAUCCCCGGGGAAUCCAGUGGCGCGACUGCGGACGCUCUGGCUGCGAAGCUCAGAGCGUCCCUGAACGCGGACGAGGCCCGAGUGUCCAGGCCCGUCAGAUGCGCAGACCUGCGCAUCAUGGGUAUGGACGACUCGGUAUCGGAGGAGGAGUUGGUGGCCACCGUCGCCAGGUCCGGGGGGUGCACUACUGACCAGGUCAGGUCAGGCGCAAUACGCCCGGACCAACAGGGUAUGCAUGCCGCCACGGUGUGCUGCCCUGUUACGGCGGCCAAAACCAUAGUGGAGGGCCGAAGGCUUCUGGUGGGCUGGGUCUCAGCGCAGCGAAAUGCGCCUCGGAGGUUGACCGCAGUGGCCUCUGCUUCCGCUGCUGUCAGCCCGGACACAUAUCGGCGACCUGCUGCGCCACGCCGCACUGUGAUGCAUGUGCGGCGACCGGCAAGCCAGCCGAUCACUGGGCCGGAAGCAGGGCCUGCGUGUCACCCGCCAAGGCCAAAGCCGCGGGUAGGGGAGGGCCCUCCUCCGCCGCCACCGCCUCUAUGGCCACCGCCGCAGCUGCAACUGCCGCCGCCGCCGCUGUCACUGUCGCCGCCGCCGCCGCCGCGACACCAACGCCUGCAGAGGGGCGCCCCCUUCCUCCAGGCGAAUAUCAACCACUGCGCCUGCGCUCAGGAUCUGUUGCUCCAGAGCAUGGCGCAGUGGUCGAUUAACAUCGCUGUGGUCGCUGAGCCGUAUUCUGUCUGGCCUAGGAAGGACUGGGUGGCGGACCUAAACGGCUCAGUGGCCAUCAUUUCUUCGGCCGCCGCCGGUACCCCGACCCUUGAAGGUGUCAGGAGGGGUCAAGGGUGCGUAGCAGCACGGUUCGGGGAGUUCGUCGUUGUUGGGGUGUACUUCUCCCCGAACCGAUCUCUCGCCGAGCUCCACAACUCUCUUGCAGAGCUGAGAGCAGUCGUCGUCGGAAGCUAUCCCCUCCCCGUGCUUGUCCUCGGGGACUUCAAUGCCAAGAACUUGGCUUGGGGUUCUCGUCGUACAGAUGUGCGGGGUAGGAUGGUGGAAGACUGGGCUCUGGAGACAGGCCUGGUCGUCCUAAAUCGGGGUUCUGUCCCCACGUGUGUGCGGAUGCGGGUCGAGUCGGUGGUGGACAUUUCGUUCGCUAGCCCCGCUCUGUCGCCGCGUGCCACUGACUGGCGAGUCAUGGAGGGGGUGGAGACCUACUCCGACCACCGGUACAUCCGGUUUGACGUCUCCACCCAGCCCUCGAGCACGCCAGUUCAACAGGCCCCGAGUGGUCCGCGUUGGGCGCUGAAGCAGCUGGACCGGGAGCUCCUCCUGGAAGCCUCGAUCGUGCAGGCCUGGGUGUCAUCAACGGAUAGGCCUGCCGACGUCAAUGAUGAGGCAGGGUGGUUCCAAGAGGCCAUGUCCGAUAUAUGUGACGUGGCAAUGCCCCGCGUCCGGCCAGGAAGCGCCCGGCGUCAGGUGUAUUGGUGGUCGCGUGAGCUGACGUCUCUGCGCGAGGCGUGUGUCGCCGCGCGGCACCUGUACGCCAGGCAUCGCAGGCUCCGCAUUCGUCCACCGAAUGCGGCAGCCAUUGAGGCGGAGCUCCUGGGUCCUGGCCUCGGAGGCUCUCGGGCCCCGACUGGAGAGGCUCCUAAGCGCAUGCUUGGAGAGAGGCCAAUUCCCGCUUCGUUGGAAGACGGGGAAGCUGGUCCUCAUUCGGAAGCCGGGGCGCCCUGCGGACUCUCCGUCCGCAUACCGGCCUGUGGUGCUGCUCGACGAGGUGGGCAAGCUCUUUGA